UUAGGGGUGGGGUCAGAUAUUUUAGGGAACGAUCACUUAUAUCAUUGCUUUUUACUACUUCGAGUGGAUAAAAUUUCGCGAGGACUAAUUUUCGCAAGGUCAAAAAAAACAUUUUGUGAGGAUUAAUUUUUGUUAAAUAAUUUUUAACGAGUGUGGGGUAAAGAAACUAUGUCUUCGCUGUAGUAGCAAAGUUACAAAGAUCUAUAUGUCAUCACAGAUUCGCUUCACUAUCAACAAAAAGAGGAAUCAAAUAAAUAAAUUGCGUGUGAAGUGACGGUCACCAUUCCAGCUAGUUUAAAGGCCAUUUGGUGUUGUAACGCUAUGAAGAAAUGGUACAAGAACUCUAUUGUAAACCGAAAGAUGAAGUAAUAACGGAUAGUUUUGUUGAGAAGAAUGCUAAUGCGCCAACGUUCAAUUUGAUAUACAGCCAAAAGCAAAAAGGAAAACGGAUCCUGUUUAAAAACCCAAAGAAUGAAAAGACAUUAAAACCUUCUUUCAGAGACUUGUGGUUCAGGAUUUUAAAAGAAGCAACGGUAAAUUGGUUCGCUCGUAAAAAUGAUGAAAAUAAAAUGGAUGGCACUGUUUGUUUUUAUGCUUGCUCUAUUUUGCAAUCCAGUAUGUUCUCAGUUUGACCAAGGCGAAAAUGAAAUUGAUAAGAACUUUGAAAACGAAGUUGACGACGCAUUCUACGUUGAUAAUGCUGCUGUUGACGAUAAUGAUGAUGAUGAUGAUGAUGGUGAUGAUGAUGAAGAUUAUGAGAAUAAUGCUGUUGAUGACGAUGAUGGCGAUGAUGAUGAUGAUGAUGAUGAUGGCGAUGAUAAAAGUGAUAACAAGGAUACGAAAGACUUCAAGAAAUGGCGGCUUAAUUGCAUCAAAAUAUAUUGUCAGAAAGAUAAAUCAUUAUGUUCAAUUUGCAAAGUGAAGGAAACAAAACGUUUGAUGCAAAGAAGAAGAUCGUAUCAAAGGAGAAGAAGAUGUAAAUAUUCUACAGUUUUCGGUUCUUUUUGCAGGAGAAGAAGUGGACGAUAAAAAAUGAAAACACACACAACUUGAUUAUUUCAUCGUGAAUAUUCAUUCUUCAAAUGACAGUUUUACAACUUCCCAUUAUUUUAAUUUUUAAUUUUUAAUUUAAAAAUAUUCUAAUACACUGUGAAAUAAGAAAGAAAGGCAGAUUUUUCUUGUAGUAGACUUUUAGAAAUUCUAUCUUACCUACGAAAUAUUAUGUGUUGUAUGGAAAAGAAAAUGCUUUAAACUAUAUACAAGAGCUUCAUUUGUGCAAUAAGUUUCGAAUUACACACGAAGUAAGUGUCAAAUUACACACAGACAAAUAUUCUCAUUGUUAUUGUUAUUAUAUUUUUAAAGUGGCUUUUAACUGCGUACUAAACCAAUCUUUGGAAAUCUCAGUUGAACACACAAACUUUUAUUACUCUCUCAUCUCAUUUUUCAUCAAAUUUAUUAGAAUGUCUAAUUUUUAGAACUUGCUUUAUAACCUUUUUUUUAGAUUUUAGCAAGAAAGUUAGUUCGACUCUCAUAAAACAAAUCUCAAACAUUCAUUUCUGAAAAAAGCUCUGUCGUGCAGCACUUUAGAAACUUUAAGUCUCAAAUUACACAUUGAAACAGCUUUUUAUUCUUUGCUGAUAAUCUUUCAAAACAUUAUUAGCUAUGGAAAUCAACGGUGUACUGUAUCUUAGACAUACUUCAUGAUUCAAGUGGUCAAUGGAUUCUAGCUGCACGUUAAAUUAAUUUAUUGGCAGCUUAAGUUAAAAACAUCAGCUGACAUUUUUUCGAUUGCAUUGUUUACAUGCGUGCACGCGAUUUGGUAAGAACAUGCUUGUUUUCUCACUAAACACUAGUCGUAAAGUGUUUCUAGUUUUUUCUUGUUUAAAUACGUACACAUUUUAGAAGAACACCGAUCAUGGUCA